UAGGCCUAAAAAAUAUUGUAAAUAAGAGUUAAUAAUAAAUUAUUAAUUACAAAAAUGAUGAAAAAAACUCAAAAAAAUCAAAAUAUUACAACAUCACCCCACUUCCAGAAAUUCGGUUCGGUAAACCGACCGAAAUCGCUUCUCACGGUAUUUCGGUAAUACCGGUUUGUAACCGUUUAUCGGUAAUUGGUAAACCGGUUACAAACCGGUAUCGGAAAUCGGUAACCAGUUUGGCCAACUUUGGUAUACCGAAACCGAUAAAUUCGGUAAACGGUAAAUUGUUUACCGACCGAAUCCCACCCCUACCUGUCGGGUAUUUAAGCGCCUGACCGGGUAUUUUCAUCUGACAGCUCCUCUGGCUCCAUACUUCCACUCUCCGAACCGAAACUCGUUCUCACGCCUCUAUAUCCACGCCAAGUCCUGAAAUAUGACAUAAACGAACAACCUAGCGUGAAAUCGGCCUAAAACACGAGAAUCGACUCUUAAACGGUUUUGGAAAUGGUGGUCAAAACAUGUGCAAAUAAUGGUCUAUCACCCCCUAAUGCACAAUUAGUAUGACUAAAUCGUAAUAAGAUAAUCAUAUAUUGAAUUUUGAAUCGAUGGCGCAAAAGAUUGUACUAACUCAAGUAGAGUUUUAGCUACUCGGUACUUCAUAUUCGCAUGUAGAUAGCUACUUCAAAGAGUUCGUAUAUUGAUUGAGUUUGUUGAACUUUACCUAACACAACUAUGAUAUCACUCGCAAGAUAUGAUGCUUUUUGGAGAAAUUGGGAGAAUAUGUUGGUGACAUCAAACCUAACAUGGAUAUGGUUGGAUUUUAAGCAACAUUUAUGGUCAAUAGAUUAGACAUGAAAAAUAUAUCUAGCAUUCCCAUAACUUGGUAGGAAGUAGUGAAUAAUUAGGAAUUGAAAGCUAGAAACAAAGUAGAUUUAAUAAAUAACUGCAAAUGAUAAUGUGUAAAAGAAAACAAAUGCUUAGAAAAUAGCUAGGCAUGAGAGAUUGGGAGUGCUACAUUAAACCCUCAAAGAGAAAGCAAGUAUCCAUUAAUAGUUAGCUGUGGAUAUUAAAAUAGCUAACUAUUAUGAAUACUAUAUACUGGUGAUUAAUACUUGGAACUUAGCUUGAACAUUGCAUCAUGCUGAUAAAAAUUAUUUCAUUAAUUACACUAUUGAAAUAAGGGGUCGUAUGGAAGUCUUGAUUGUUUUUGUGAGAUUGUUAAAAUGAAUACAUUUUUCAUAAUAUAUACAUAUGUUUUUAUUUUUUUUCAUACACAAUCAUGAAUUAUUUGCUUGAUUUGACUAAACUAUCACUCAAAUUGAAUGAUUAAACAAUUUCGAAUUUUAGCAUAGACUGUCGAGAUAAUUGGUAUCGGUGUUUGUCAUGUUUAUUUUUCUUGAAAUGUAUGGUACCACUGUUCUUAUGUCGUCAUUGAACACUUCUUCAACACUUCAAUUCAAUGUGCAAUAUUCCAACCAUUGAUAUUUGUGUUGAGAUUUUAAAAUUAUCUUUCAUUUAUAAUUUAGAAAAAAUUCUAAAUUAAUUAUUAAAAUAUGAAAUAGAAGUAUCAAACACCACAAAAUACUUAUAGGAGACUUAGCGAGCUAACUAACCGUGAUAAAAAAGUACUCUGUUUUUCAUAAUUUUAACUUCCUUCAUUUUUUGUUUUCACUUUAACAUUUUCAGUUUUUCACAUAUAUCUUGCUAACAUUUACUUUCUAGGAAUUCACAAGUUUGCUCAGAGCUCCAAAAGAAUGGCGGAUGCCCAAGUUCGAGUCCUCUCCACAAGUUUAAUUCAAGCAACGACAGUAACCACAGCUGAGCAGCAGCAGCAGAACAAGCUAUCCUUUUCAGAGAGGAUUCCCCUGACUCCAUGCGACCUGCGCCUCAUUCUGAUCGGAACCAUCCAAAAGGGCCUUCUCUUCCGCAAACCUACAAAUCCUCAAAUCGAUCAAACGACCUUCAUCCACAACUUGAAAUCCUCCUUCUCCCGUACUCUAUCCUUAUUCUACCCUCUCGCCGGCCGUCUUUCCGCCGACGAACACCCCGACGGCACUGCCUCUGUUUACAUCGACUGCAACAAUGCCGGAGCCAUGUUCGCUCACGCCGUAGCUGACGGCGUAGCCGUCGCUGACAUCCUCGAGCCUCUCUAUCCGCUUUUCGCGGUUCAGGUCACGGAGCUCGCCGACGGGAUCUUCGUCGGCUGCACGAUUAGCCACGCGGUGGCCGACGGAUUCACGCUCUGGAGGUUCAUGAACUUAUGGUCCCAAAUCUGUCGCUCUGGUUACUCGGACGAGAUCUCCCGCUCCGAUCAAACUUUCACCAGGCACUGGUUUCUAGACGAGAAGCAUCUCCCAAUCAGGAUCCCGUGGACGAUGAUCAGAGAUUUCAAAGACGAUUUCGUCCGGCCGCCGGUGAAGGAGCGGGUCUUCCACUUCACCCGCGAGAAACUCUCGGACCUCAAAUCACAAGCCCAAUUAGCCCAAUCCACCGAGCGAAUCUCGUCUCUGCAAACCCUAAUUUCCCACAUCUGGCGAGCCGUGAUUCGGAAUCGAAACAAUCCAGAUCCAGACCGGGAGACGCGAUUCAAACUGGCAGUCGGCCUUCGCUCGCGCCUGGAGCCGAAAUUCCCCGAGAAUUACUUGGGGAACGCCAUGGUGAUCCGCUUCGUCGUCCUGAAGGAGAGGGAUCUGCUGCUGCUGGAGGGGGAGAAGGGGCUGGGACACGUGGCGGCGGCGGUGAACCGAGUGGUGGCUGGGCAGGGGGAGGAGGAGAUGAUGGAAGAGCUGGAGGCUUGGAUCGAGAGCCCCCAGAUCUCGGGGUUGGCCAGGGUGGCGAAGGGGACGCUGUUGCUGAGUAGCUCGCCGAGGUACGACGUGUACGGGAACGAUUUUGGGUGGGGGAAGCCGGCGGCGGUGAGGAGUGGGGCCGGGAACAAGUUCGACGGGAAGGUGACGGUGUUUCCCGGGGUGGAAGCAGGGAGUAUGGACGUCGAGAUUUGUUUGUCGCCGGAGACGUUGGAGCGUCUGGGCAGUGAUCAGGAGUUCAUAGCCGCUACCGGCGUUUGAGCUGUACGGAUUUCCGUUCUCUUUAAUUAUUGGCUGGUGUGGUGACUGGUGAGUGUGCGUCAAAUGUUAACUGAUCAAUCCAAAUAAGAAACUGUAGCACGUGCGUACGUAAUCUAAGCUGAUUUGAUGAAUAAACAGAUAAUGAAAGGGUUAAUUUCAU